AUGGUGGACUUGAAACCCAAAGAUCUCCUUCCCCAUGAGGCUCAAGAGGGCUCCCUUCAACCCUUGCCAACCAAUGUCACUGAUAUUGCCCAUGGUGUCGAUAUGGAGCAUUAUCGAGCAACUGUUCCCUUGUGGAAGAGAGUGUGGCAGCACAGCUUGACACAGAUGAUGCUCUUGAGUGUCCAAGCCUUCUGUGGUCCUGCCAUGUCUGAUGCUAUUACUGGUCUGGGCGGUGGUGGGCUCGCUACGCCUCGAGUCUCAAAUAUUACGACUGCGAUUACAUAUGCAAUGCUUGCUAUCUUCUGCUUCUUCGGUGGUCCUAUAGUGAACAAGAUUGGGGUCAAGUGGGCGCUCGUCAUUGGCGCGGCUACAUUCCCAAUUCAAGGUUCGGCAUACUACUGCAACAGCAAAUUCGGAAACCAAUGGUAUCUUAUCUUCAGUGGCGCGAUCAGCGGCAUUGGAACAGCAUGCUGGUAUGUCGCUGAGGCAGGAGCCAUUAUGACUUUGGCCCCAUCUGGUGCUCGUGGAAAGUAUCUGGCCCUGUGGAUCGUGUCGCGCAAUCUGGGGCAGUUGGUUGGAGGUGCUAUCAAUCUAUCUAAGAAUCAUGUCAAAGGAGCCGAUGGUGGUGUAACUCCAGAUACUUACCUUGCCUUUGUCAUCAUUGAGUGCAUUGCGUUGCCAUUUGCUUUGCUUAUCGCCCCGUUCGAACGAGUCGUCAGAUCCGACGGCACAAAGAUUGUCACCGCGGAGACUCUCUCUACCAAGAUGGAACUCCGGCGCAUCGUGAAGACCAUGACUUCAAAACUUGUCAUGUUCUCUGCACUGUGGGCACUGUGGUCAUUCUUCUACGGCGGUACAUGGUCAACCUACUUGGGGACUUACUUCUCCGUCCGGGCACGCGCUCUUUCAUCCCUUAUCUCGCCUUUCUUCUGCAUCGUCGGCUGCUUUGGUCUCGGUUUUAUUCUUGACAUGAAGCAUCUCAGCCAGCGCCGUCGUGCCCAAGUUGGGCUGUACACCGUGGUGGUCCUUAAUGUGGGCGUUUAUAUAUGGUCGAUCAUUAUGCAGACGAAAUUCGACCACCAUAACCCCGGCCAUAUCGAUUGGGAAGAUGGACUUUACCCGUCAUCCUUCCUGCCCUACUUCUUCGUACAGACAACAGGGCCAUUGUCCCAGUCAUACAUGUACUGGCUCAUUUCAUCGUUUGCAAACAAUGCUCAGGAAAAUGUUCGGAAUGGCGCGGCAUUCAGGUCUAUCGAGGCAGUUGGUCAGGCCAUUGCUUAUGGAAUGAAUACUCAGACUACUAGCAACCCAUUGGUUGGCUUCUGCGUCACCUUUGGAUUACUCGCUCUAGCUCUGGGGCCAAUGACCAUGCUCGUGAACACGACACCAGACCGCAUUCCCGCCGAUGUCAUUGCUGAGCAGCAAGAUGCGGCUCGAGAAAAGAUCGAGGCUGUCUGA